AACGCCAUGGAGGAAACAUCCGAAAAAGUUCCUUUUGAGGCUAACAGUAGCUUGAAGCCCAGAGGCUUAGUGCGUCUGAAGAAGACGGCGGUCGUAGCCUUCAUCGCCGGAGCCGUUCUGCUGCUCUUUGGAGGCAUUGGAGCUUUUUACUUGUGGAAAGUCAGCGAGAAAGAAGCGACCAGGACUCACUACAGCAGGAACAUCGAUAUAAAGAUAGAAGAUGAUUCAGAUGCUGGAGAUGGGAAGAUUGUGGAAGUUCAAGACUUUAAAGCUGGCAUUACAGCAGUCAAGUUUCCUGGACAAGAGAAGUGUUACAUCAAAUCACAAGUCAGAUCUGAACUUUCUGAAGACAACACUGUGGCGGUGAAAUCUGACGUGGGGUCUCUGGUCUGGAUCGCAUCUGAAGAACCACUGAAGGACAUCAGUUUUCUGAGCCCUGAUAUACUGAGAUUCUGCGGAGACCUUCCCAUUUACUGGCAUCUUCCUGCAAACUCCAGAGCACUGAGGAAGAGGAGAAGUGUGCCACGAGUGAGACGGCAGAGUACAGGUGGAUUAAAUCGACAACAGACGAGACGUCGAAACUCCACGACUUCAGCAAGAGAGGAUGAGCGGCCGACAGGGCCCGAUUAUAACCCUGAAAACCCUUAUCAUCGGAAUCAGGAGGGCUCAGAGGGGCACAUGGUGUUCGAUCCCAUGCUGGACCAUCGUGGCAUUUGUUGUACAGAAUGUCAUCGCAGUUACACCCAUUGUGAGCGGGUAUGUGAGCCUCACGGGGGCUACUGGCCGUGGCCUUACAACUACCACGGCUGUCGGCGGGUUUGCAGGGUCAUCAUGCCAUGCCGCUGGUGGGCGGCUCGCAUGCUGGGUCUCGUAUAAGCUCUCGUGUUUCUGCUGGUCACCAGCUGAAGGCACAGUAGAUUUGCCCUUAAGGUCCAACUGAAGUAUAAUGAGGUAUUUUCAACAAAAAUAAACCUCUGAAAGUCAGACAUGGA